GGAUAGAGCGAACAUCGCGUCGAAUAUAUAAAUUCUCAAAGAUAUCUGCAGAAAUCAGUUCUUUUCUAGGCAAAUUGAAAGUGUCGUGCGGAAAGUUAGGUGAAAGGCGAAGCAGUUAUCAUGAGCGAAGCAUUUAAAAUUUUGGAAAAUCCAGAAUUGGGUCGAUAUGCUGCUGCAGACCGGAAACUUAAGGCGGGUGAUAUUCUUUUUGAGGAAACACCUUUCGCGAUAGGACCAAAAUUAGAUAGCCCACCGGUCUGCUUGGAAUGUUACUGUCCAGUCGAUGGAAGUGCCAGUGGUCAAAAGUGUACUAAGUGUGGUUGGCCUCUAUGUGAAGAAUGUGGAGCCAAAGGAAAUAGCAUUAUAUAUCAUAGAAAAGAAUGUGCACUCUUUGUGAAAAAUGCGGUCAAAUUUCAAAGUGUCGAUGAUUCGACCGCCAGUUGUGCCCAGCUGGAUUGCAUAACUCCUCUGCGUGUAUUAUUGGAGAAAGAGGAUCAACCGGAACGAUGGAAUGCCGAAAUUAGCACUAUGGAGUAUCAUCACGAAGCGCGAAAAGCAACUGCUGUUUGGAAUGCCGAUCAUCACAACGUUGUUGGGUAUCUGCGUGGGCCAUGCGGUUUAAAGAACCAUUUUUCCGAAGAUUUAAUUCAACAGGUGAUCGGAAUCCUCCAAGUAAAUGCGUUUGAAGCGCGUACCUGUAACGGGUAUGCGGUCCGUGGUCUGUACCCGAAAUUGGCCAUAAUGGCGCACUCGUGCGUGCCAAAUGUCGUACAUUCUAUUCAUCCCAGCAAAGACUACAAGCUGGUGGCAAGAGCAGCUAUAGAUGUUGCUGAAGGCGGAAUGCUGUUCACUACUUACACAUACACGUUGAACGGAACCGCUAUGAGGCAGAGUGCUCUGAAAGCGGGAAAAUACUUUACCUGUCGUUGCGCACGCUGUCUGGAUCCUACGGAAUUAGGGACACAUUUUAGUUCCUUGAAAUGCCAGAAAUGUGACAACGGUCUAAUAGAAUCGAGCAAUCCAUUGGACGACAAUGCCGAUUGGAAAUGUACUCACUGUGAAUUCAAGACACGAGGAGCGGCAGUUUUAAAAGCUUCUCAAGUAAUGCAAACCGAGUUGGACGAACUUGCUUAUAUGGAAUAUGGACCCGAGCGAUUAGAAAACUUUGAGCGAGUGUACAAGAAAUACAAAAGUGUUCUUCAUCCUCUGCACUUCAUCAAUACCUCCAUCCGAGACAGUUUGAUUGAAUUAUAUGGUAGAAUACAAGGCUACGAAAUGCAAGAUCUUCCAGAUAUUUUACUAGAGCGGAAAGUUGAGUUGUGCCAAGAUGUUCUGAAAGUGCUGAAUGUUUUCGAACCAGGAAAGUCUCGUGCUAGGGCAAUGGUUUUGUACGAACUGCAUGCUCCGUUGAUAUUGCUUGCUCAGUCGGCCUUUAGCCGAGGGACUCUGGAAGGUGCAUCAUUGAAAGAAAAGCUAACAGAAGCAGCUGAUAUACUGAAGGAAAGCGCCGAGAUACUGGAAUGGGAAGAUGCUUCGACGCCAGAAGGUAUUUUAGCUAACGUUGCUAAACAAUCAAUCGUGCAACUGGAACAAAGCAUUCAAUCUUUGGAUUAAGUAUGUUGAAUUAUACAAUCGCUGUGAUCUAAAGCUGUUUUAUGUAGUUGUUGUAACUGUAUCAGAAACACAUAGUUUACACUUUUAAAGUGAAAAUUGCGAGCAAACAGUAAAUCAGUAAUUCUUUGUUUGUUCUAAUAACCUUGUUUCAUAUGAAUUGAUUGGUAACAUCAAAAUAA